CCUCCUCCUCUCUCCCCUCCUCCCCCCACCCCCUCCCCCGGGGCCCGCGAAGAGGCAGGGCUGGAGCCCUGAGCAGCCGCCGCUCCUCCUCCUCCAGGCUGGCGGAUGAGUCAGCUGACGCCGGCGCUCCAGCCUCGCCUCGCGGCGCUGCGCUCCCCGCGCUCCCCCGAAGUGGCUGCGAGCCGGCCGCCCACUUUCGGGGCUUGGGGGACCGAGUGAUGCGCGCCUGCUGAGGCCACGCCGAGCCGCGGCCGCCGCAGCUUCGCCGGGUCAACUUUCCCCCCGCCCCCCCCCCCCACGCCGCCUCCCGACCCGGCCCUUGACCCGCCCCAGAGCCACCUCGGGUGCGUGCGCUUGGGUGAGGGGGGUCGCCGGCUGCCCGGGAUGGCUUCCAAUUUUAAUGACAUAGUGAAGCAAGGGUACGUGAGGAUCCGGAGCAGACGCCUGGGGGAAUUUGAUUCGAGUUGGGUGGAAAUAAAGCCUUUGGAUAUUCUGAGCCAGGAAGAGAUUAUGAUGCUUCCCUCCUGCAGCCCGUGUUCCUCUGAAAUUCAAAAUGAAAUUAUAUAUCAGCGAUGCUGGCUAGUAUUCAAGAAAGCUUCAAGCAAAGGUCCAAAAAGACUGGAGAAAUUUUCUGAUGAACGUGCUGCAUAUUUUAGGUGUUACCAUAAGGUGACAGAGCUCAACAAUGUGAAGAACGUAGCCCGGUUGCCAAAGAGCACCAAGAAGCACGCCAUAGGAAUCUAUUUCAAUGACGACACCUCCAAGACCUUUGCUUGUGAAUCAGAUCUGGAGGCCGAUGAAUGGUGCAAACUGCUCCAGAUGGAGUGUGUGGGCGCACGGAUCAAUGACAUCAGCCUCGGAGAGCCUGACUUACUGGCUACUGGGGUUGAGAGAGAACAGAGUGAGAGAUUCAAUGUGUAUUUGAUGCCAUCCCCUAACUUAGAUGUACAUGGCGAAUGUGCCUUGCAGAUUACAUAUGAGCACAUCUGUCUUUGGGACGUCCAGAAUCCCAGAGUCAAACUCAUCUCUUGGCCGCUAAGUGCCCUGCGGCGGUACGGGCGAGAUGCUGCUUGGUUCACUUUUGAGGCAGGGAGGAUGUGUGAAACUGGGGAAGGGCUGUUUAUCUUUCAAACGCGAGAUGGGGAGGCCAUCUACCAGAAAGUCCACUCUGCUGCCUUGGCGAUAGCUGAACAGCACGAGCGCUUGCUACAGAGCGUGAAAAAUUCAAUGCUCCAGAUGAAGAUGAGCCAGCGGGCUGCCUCGCUGAGCACCAUGGCGCCUCUGCCCCGCAGCGCCUACUGGCAGCACAUCACGCGUCAGCACAGCGCCGGGCAGCUCUGCCGCCUGCAAGAUGUUGCCAGCCCUCUGAAGCUUCAUCGAACAGAGACUUUUCCUGCCUACCGGUCUGAGCACUGACACGAGCUGCCCAGAGUGGUUGUGGGACGCACCUGGGAUGUGUCAGCCACCGCAGAUCCUCGAGGCGGCAAGAUGACAGCGAGGGAGACCACGAAGGAAAGAAUCUGAAAGUCCCCGGCUGAUCGUGUGGUCAUUGGGAAACGGCAAUGCAAUAUUUGUCUUUUUCUUUCUUUUUUUUUUCUUUUUUUAAAAAAUCUUAGCGUGAUUGAAACAUGCUCUAUAGAUUUCGACUUCUCGUUCCCCCUCUUACAGCUGGACAGAAAGGAGUCAAUGCCGCAAAAUGAUUUUCUAUCGUAGAUACUGUGUCCCUUCCACUUCCUCUGAAUCUAUCCUUUUGUGGAUUCUUGUGAUUUCCCUUCUGAGUGUUUCAGUUGUAUGACAGUCAGUACUGACAAUAAAAUGGCUCUUCAUUAUUUGUUA